CCACCACCACCCAUUGCCACCGCCACAAGGAAGCUUCAUUGCCUAUAUACAGAAUAUACUUGUGUACAUAUAUUUCCACUGUUCCAGACGAAAAAGAAAGAUGAGAUAGUUUGACGUUUAAGGCCCGGCAUUACACCCCCUCCACCCGCCUAUUACGGACUUUGAUUUGUGUGUUAUUACUGUCAACCACCCAUAACUAUUAUAAAGCAGGUCAAACAGACAUUUUUCUUUUCUUCCUAUUCACUUUCCUUCAUUUUCCUCUCCUUUUCCUUUCCUUUCCUUUCCGCUCUGCUUCUGCUUCUGCUUCUGCUUCAUCAUAACUCUCUUCUGUCACCUUUUCCCCUUCUAAGUUCAGCUUUUGUGUUACUUUUUGUUUUCUUAUUUGCUCCAAAAGUAGCUAACUUUACUGGUUCUUUCUUCUUCCUGUGUAAAAUGGAAAAGGAAAAUAUGUUUCUGAAUUGUGGGUCAGAACAGUUUCAGAAUUUUUUCUGGGAAAAUUCAAUGGAUCAGAAUGAUCCAUUUGAGUCUGCAUUGAGCUCAAUGGUUUCUUCUCCUGCUGCUUCGAAUGCUGCUGGCGCUGGCAAAAAUGGUGGAGAGAAUAUUGUAAUAAGAGAACUGAUUGGUAGACUAGGAAGCAUAUGCAAUUCAGGGGAAAUUUCCCCUCAGCCUGGAAAUAGAAGUACUAAUACUUCAUGCUAUAGCACCCCCCUGAAUUCUCCUCCAAAGGUUAAUCUUUCAAUGAUGGAUAAUCAAAUCCGGGGGAAUUUGCAAAUCCCUGGAAAUAACUUUCCAAGCUUUACACCAUUUUCGACCGAUCCAGGAUUUGCGGAAAGAGCUGCAAGAUACUCUUGUUUUGCAAAACUUGGGUUGAAUAAUGAUUCUGAAUUGCCUCAUAGAUUGAAGCCUAAGCUGGAUUCUGGUAAUAUCUCCAGAGUUUCGAGUAAUCAGUCCUUCAAAAUUUCUGGAUCUCCUCAAAUUGGUGUUCAAGAAAAACAGAAUGCUCCACUCCAGGAAGGAAUUUCAGCCUCUGAUAAAAGAUUUGGCAGGUUUUCGAGAUCUUCAACGCCUGAAAAAACAGAAUUUGGGGAUUCCAGGGAGAACUCUUCAGUUUCUGAGCAGAUCCCAGUUGGGGGAAAUGUCAUCAAAGGACAAAUUUUUUCAAAUUCAAGAAAGAGGAAAUCUGUUCCAAGGGGAAAGGCUAAAGAAAUCCCUGCCAAAGAUGCCAAUGUUGCAUCAGAAAGCAGUGAAUCAAGUGCAAAAAGAAGCAGGUCAGAUGAUGAAGGUUCAAUUGAAAAGGGUAAUGCAAAAAAGGCUGAUGUAAAUGAAUUUGAUAAAGCCAUUGGAGAUGGAAAUCAGAAACAAUCAAAGGAAAAUACGAAGCCUCCAGAGCCUCCAAAGGACUAUAUUCAUGUUAGGGCUAGAAGGGGACAGGCAACAGAUGCCCAUAGUCUUGCUGAAAGAGUUCGACGAGAGAAGAUUAGUGAAAGGAUGAAAUUCCUACAAGAUCUAGUCCCUGGUUGCAAUAAGGUUACUGGAAAGGCCGUAAUGCUUGAUGAGAUCAUAAACUAUGUCCAGUCUUUACAACGACAAGUCGAGUUCCUUUCGAUGAAAUUGGCUACUAUUAAUCCAAGGAUGGAGUUCAAUAUGGAAGCUCUAAUGUCCAAGGAUAUGUUUGGUUCUCGUGGAUCUUUGCUUCAUAACUUAUAUACAUCAGAUGCAUAUCCUGUCCAGUCUCAACCAGGACAAAACUUGCAUAAUAUCAUUCCUAAUGGAACAGAAAUGCCUUUGCAAAAUACUCCUAUUAGUCGAAAUCAAAGCAUUCAAAUGCCUCCUCUGGACAAUGCUAGUGAACCUGUUUCUCAGGUUUCAACAUUCUGGGAGGAUGAUCUCCAAAGCCUUGUUCAGAUGGGAUUUGGCCAAAAUGAGACCCAAAGUUUUCAUGGGAUUCUCCCCACUGCUCAAAUGAAGGUCGAGCAAUGAUCAACAUUUGUCAGCGUCGUUAACUAUAUUUAUUUGAGGCCCCAAGUGAGAGAGGCUUCUGUAUAUACUGAGAACUUGUAGUUCAAAAAGAUUUGAUGAUCGAAUCCAAGAACGAGAACGUUUUCUCUUCGACUAUCAUUACGUAUUUGAUAAUUGUUUUGGCAAAUGAUUCUUUGGAGAAUUUUAACUCUUACCAUUGUAGAAUCAAGAACUAAUAUAUUGCACCAGAUGGUGUUAAAGACUCUGAAGGUCAAUGUAACAUGUUUAUUUUUGGCAAGGUAAAAAGUUGUUUGAUGAGACAGAAAUUUCUCAUGUAACCUAUUAUUUCUACCUUGUUUUUCUGUAUUUCCUUAAAAAUAUUCAGAAUUAAUCUUAUGUUCUUCCAUUCAUUUC